UAUUGAGUGUUUUUUUUUCAGUUUACAACAGAAAAAUACCUAUGUUCAAAAUGAAAAUCAGUAUCAGUCCAGCCCUGAGCAAGAUGAUUGAGACUUCAACGGACAGUAAAGGAAUGAGAAUUGUGGAGCUACAUCUUAGAUUUUGUGAAUAUGACUUGCCACUUGGACAUUGUAAGGACCGUAUCCCAGACUGCAUGGUUUUUGUAGAGUCACAGAGAGUUCAUAUACAGGUGAAUGACAAAGAAUCUUCUGUGCACAGACCAGUUGACAUCACCAAAGCCUGUGCUCUUGCCAAAUAUAACACCACACUGUCAGUGGAAUUAGGUCCUCAAGAAACUAAGAAAUACUGUAUGUUCAUAACUGUGGUAAAGCGCCUUGAAAUGAGAACAAUUCUACAACGGCUUCUGAAGAACAUGCCAAGUAUUCUAGAGGCUAAGCAAUACAUCCAGGGCAGAUUUCAAACCGACUCUAGUGAAGUCCAGUCUACCAGCUACAAGGCAAAACUCACUUGUCCGAUAGGACAGAGUCGCCUGGUGACACCAUGUCGAGGGGACAAAUGCUCCCACAUCCUGUGUAUGGAGGCUGAGACUCUGGUCAGAAUGAACGAGGGCAAAUCUGUUAAGAAGUGUUUCAUCUGUCAGAAGCCAUACUCAAAUAUUGUUGUGGACAAGCUGUUUCUGCUCAUACUCAAGAAGGUACCACCAUGUGUCACAGAGGUUCAGUUUCAGCCAGAUGGCAGCUGGAGUUACAGCAACAACGAAACACAAAUUUCAUCAUUAACACUUGAUGAAGAAGGCAUCCACUCUGGUAUACCAGAAGUGGAUAUGAGUUUACACAUAGAAAAUAACAACAGCUGCUUGGAAAUCCAAAAUUGUUAUGAAAUAUUACCAGAAAGUAUACCUGACCUCAAUGGCACCCGUAUACGGGUAAAUACAGAAGAACAUAAAUCAAUCACUGUGGGUCCAACAAACCCAUUUGAUAGUAGACACAGACGUGCAUCGACAGAUGCUGUAUUUUCACAAGAAUGUUCUGGAGAAACACAAGGAAUAUAUUGUGUCGACCCUUCUGAUGAACUGCCUCAAGAAAAAGAGCACAUUGACACAUUAAACACCCCUCAGUGUCGUUCUAAACCUACAAAACGUCGCACACAAGUUGAAAAACACAAGAGUUCUAAACUUGCAAGAUGUAGCUCAAGAGUAUCGGGACAGAAGGGUGCGAAGUCGAAGGAAAGAGAUAUUCAGAAAAGUUUGAAUACAACAAUACCCAACAUGUUAAAUAACGGUUCUAAUUUAGAGAAAAAUAGACUAAAUUGUAUGUCUCAAGGCUUAAUGCAAUCCACUGUUAUUCUAGGUUCAAUUUCAGAUAAGCUUCAGGAAACUGUAUCAAAGAGUGAAAUAGGAUCAAUCCACUGUAAGGAUCAGAUUGACAUUCCAGUUAAUGAUUCACAGGAAGAAUUGAAUGCUAUGGAUUCUCAUGCGGAGGAAGGUAAAUUUGUAAAAAUUAUGGAAAUUGUGUUAUGUGAAUGGGCUGGAAACAAAGAGACCUACGCAGAACUGGAAGAUGAUAAAUCUGUUUUGAAUUCAAUAAUAGAUGACACUCAACUUGAGUGUCGUGAACACGGCGCCACAAAUAAAAGUGUAUCAAAUAAACCAAAGCAGACACAUAGUCAACAGUCUAUCAAUGUUGGUAAUCACACACACUUGUUGCUCUUGGACAAACUCAUUUCGAAUACAUUUACUUGUUCAAUCUGCAAGGAAGAAUUCGGUCUAACAAAGGUUUAUGAAAAUUUGGACGAGCGCUUAUGCAUCGAUUGUGCACGAAAGGAGGGUGUUUUAUCGCUUUCUUUGUAUAACAUAAUUAAUACUUAUGAAGGGAAAUAAUAUCGUCAAGAAGGUUUUUUAUUUUUAUAUAUGCUUUCUUAAAUAAAAGUCUCAGAAGAAGUUUAUGUAAUUCUUUAAUACAGUGCCAUUUAGAUUAUGCAUCCUUUUCGUGGUAUUGUGGGCUCACGAAACAGCUCAAACACAAGCUACAAAUAGUCCAAAAUAAAAUGGUUCGUUUUAUUAACAAUUCCCAUAGUAGAACAUCACUUGGUGUAUCGAAUUUUGAAGAUCUUGGUUUAUUGAACAUUGAGCAAAGAUACAAGCAACUUCGACUUAACCAUAUCCAUAAAAUUUUCUACAAUAAAAGCCCUAGCUAUAUGAAAGACAAUUUUGUCAAAUGUACAGAUGUCCAUCAAUAUGGGAAUAGAUCAAGAUUAAAUUUGUAUGUACCUCAAGUUGAUGGCUUUACUAGUUCUUCAUUUUACUACAAUGGUAUUAAGGAUUGGAAUUCAGUACCUGAUAAUAUAAAGUCCAUCGAAUCGAAAUUUACUUGUAAGAAACUUGUUAAGAAACAUCUAUUAAAUGAAAUGAAGAAAGACGAGAAUUCCAUGUAUUUUUACUUUUAGAUUUGUUAUGUCCCCCACACUAUAGUAGUGGGGGACAAAUUGUUUUUGCCCUGUCUGUUGGUUGGUUGGUCUGUUGGUUGGUUUGCGCCAACUUUAACAUUUUGCAAUAACUUUUGCUAUAUUGAAUAUAGCAACUUGAUAUUUGGCAUGCAUGUGUAUCUCAUGGAGCUGCACAUUUUGAGUGGUGAAAGGUCAAGGUCAUCCUUCAAGGUCAGAGGUCAAAUAUAUGUGGCCAAAAUUGCUCAUUUUAGAAAUACUUUUGCAAUAUUGAAGAUAGCAACUUGAUAUUUGGCAUGCAUGUGUAUCUCGUGGAGCUGCACAUUUUGAGUGGUGAAAGGUCAAGGUCAUCCUUCAAGGUCAGAGGUCAAAUAUAUGUGGCCCAAAUCGCUUAUUUUAUGAAUACUUUUGCAAUAUUGAAGAUAGCAACUUGAUAUUUGGCAUGCAUGUGUAUCUCAUGGAGCUGCACAUUUUGAGUGGUGAAGGGUCAAGGUCAUCCUUCAAGGUCAAACGUCAUAUAGGGGGACAUUGUGUUUCACAAACACAUCUUGUUUUAUUUUAUGAAAUUGCUUAUUUUUAUGCUAAUUUGUAUGAGUCUGUGUAUUAUCAUGUCAAUUGUUUGAAAGUCUCGCUUUUUUAAUAUGUAAAAGAAAUAAUUUGUAAGAUCAUGUCGUUUUUGUAUUAAGAACUGAAACAAACUAUAUAUUUAUGGUCACUUAUAAUAUAAAGAAGUGGAACUCCAGCUGCUGGAGCAGUAUUGAAUUCUCAUUAAAAACAAUUUGUUGGUCCUUUAUUUAAGGCAAGUGACCGAUUGCCAAAACAGUACAAAACAGCACAAUACAGCACAAUACAAACAAACAUAAACACAAAAUAUGAAUAAAGCUGGGGUCACCGCCUUGGAACGGUCAAUGCAAAGCAUUGGGGGUUCAAACCGGUUAUAGAGCGCUCAACCUCACACUUGGCCAAGCAAUAUUCAUAAUACAUUUAAGUGUAAAUAAAAUUUAACGUCAUAGCAUUGUAACUCAAAUCAAACAAUAAUAAAAGGGAAUUAAAACGCAUUCAAUUUAAUUACAAUUUAAUUACUCGAAGAUACCAGAGCAACAGAGUUACAGCUUUUUGACGAACGAUAAAAUGAAACUACAAACAAGUGUCAACUACAUUCCUUCUUUAUAGAAAAAGAUUGAAGAAUAUAGCGUCAUUAAGUUAAUAUUUCAGAUAAUCAUCGCGCAAAUACAGGAAGAAGCAGCAAUAAUGGGUGUAAAAAUUCCAUAUAACAUUGCUUGGUUGUUUAUGUGACUGCUAAAUAUUUAAUUAAUAAUAAUUUAAUUAAAAAAGAAACGCCUAUCAGAGAGAAAAUAUAAAUAAAAUUGAACGUUAUAAACCCAAUGACCUAUGCAUGUAGCUUACAACUGGAAUGUUGAUCGUAUGACGUCAAAAAAUCCAUGUACCCAGGAACAGAGAAAGAGUUAUGACGUAAUUGACAAGCGAAGACACAAUGACGUGAAGAAAAUCUAGGGGCAGUACUGUAAAGUAAUAAUAAAACUAUUAAUAGGGGGCUACUGCAAAAUUGUACUUCUAAUAUAACAAGUUUAGUUGAUUAAAUAUUAAGAAUCAAAUAUAUAAAAAUAGUAAUUCCAUUAAAGCGACAUUAUUGGAAUCAAACAGUAUAUAGGUGUUUUGACAACUGACGACAGAAAUGAUUUGAUGUACGAUGCGAGUCCAAAUGUAGUUAUCAUGCAGAUUUGUGCAUACGACACAAAGACACAAUUUUGUUCAGCAGUGAAAAAUGCCUAUAAUAUCACUAAUGGUUCCAAAUUUUAAGAGAAGAAAGAUAUAGUGAAUCGAAAACUAUCAAACACGUGUUUUUAAGUACAUAAGCAUCGUAUCCUUUUGAUAAAAUCAAGUUAAUUAAAUUGAAAAGUUUAAUAAGAACAUUUGGUUAAACAUAUUUUAAUUUGCGGACACGCUUCAAAACAUCUCCAUAAAAUGAUGGAUGGGAGAUUCCAUUAUUUAAAUGCCAUUUUAAAGAAACAUUAUAUUUUGAAAUUAAAUCACCAUACUUAGAGUAAAAUUUAGCGAAUUUACUUCUUAGGUUAUGAUACAAAAAGCCUUGUUUUAGCAUUUUUUGUUAAUAUUAGAUUACGACCAUUAAGACCUGUUUGACAAAAUCCAGGGUCCCCGUUAGAAAUAAGCUUAUUCAUGUUUACAUGUCUAUGCUUUACGGGUUAUACUGUGUGUACAUCAUCGUUAUAUUAGUUAGAUCUGUGAUUAAAGGCACCAUUGACACUUGAAGUUAGAGUGUUAGCUAUAUCGUAUUAUUUGUAUCUGUACUUAACAUGUUACGAUAUUGUAAUGCAUUGAUUAUAUUGAACUGUAAAAUGCUUGACAUGUAUACACAAAUAAAACUAAGUGGUUUUAAUGUU